GCCAGAGCUUCAUCUCUAGGGUUAGGGUUAGGGUUAGGACUUGCUUGCGACAAUGGCAUCUCCUGUGGAAUCAGUCCAGUGCUUUGGGCGGAAGAAGAUUGUCGUGGCCGUCACCUACUGCAAGCGCGGCCGAGGCCUCAUCAAGAUCAACGGCUGCCCAAUCAAGGCGGUGGAGCCCAUCCUCCUUCUCGGUCGCCACCGUUUCGCCGACGUUGACAUGCGCACCCGCGUAAAAGGUGGUGGUCACACCUCCCAGAUAUACGCAAUCCGCCAAAGCAUUGCCAAAGCCCUCGUUGCCUUCUAUCAGAAGUACGUCGAUGAGCAGUGCAAGAAGGAGCACGUGGACGUGCCGAGAAAGCGACGCGCGUCGGCUGCCAGUCUCCGACAUUUAUUCCGGCGUGGUGGUGUCGGCCGCUGCCGCUGCGGAGAGGUGGCGAGGGUGUUGAAGCCAGGUGGGGCGAGAGGGGAGGUAGGCUGUGAACAGAUGGGUGCCUUGGGCUUGCCAAUGGCACGGAUAUGGGCUUGA